AUGGCCUCUUCAUCAAAUUCUUCCUUGCCCGUAGUACCAGUUGUUAAUGGAGUUCACUACCACAUAUGGGUAGUGAAAAUGAAGAGUUUUUUACAAGCAGCUGAUUUAUGGGACGUUGUUGAAAUAGAUGGAAAUUUUCCAACCAUGCCUGAGAAUCCUACGGUGGCUCAAAUGCAGUUGUAUAAGUCAGAAACCAAGAAAAAGAGCAGGGCUUUAUCUUUCUUGCACUCUGUGAUUGAUGACAAUAUUUUUGUCAAGAUUGUGCACUACACUACUGCCAAGCAAGUAUGGGAGAAAUUGCAACAAGAAUAUCAGGGUUCGGAGAAGACUCGAACCAUGAAGAUAAUCAUAUUAAAAAGAAAACUUGAGAAUACUAGAAUGAAUGACACGGAGAGUGUUUCACAGUAUUUAGAUAGGAUUAUGAAAUUGGUGAAUGAAAUGAGAAUUUUGGGAGAAGAUCUCUCUGAGGAAAGAAUUGUAGAGAAAGUUCUUAUGAGUUUGCCGGAGAAGUUUGAGUCAAAAAUUUCUUCUCUAGAGGAUUCAAGAGACAUCACUUCAAUCUCUCUUAUGAUUUGA